UGCGAGAUGCACGCUACAUCAAAGAAAAAUGUACAUAUGAGAGAUUAGUAAGUGUGCGUUCACUGUCUAUUAACACUACUUACUCUACUCAACGAAACCAAUUGUUAUGUACGCUUAGAGGGGAAUAACCAACAAGCUUAUACACCGAUAUGAUAGAGGUCUUAUGGGGACAACGUUCCCCUCUUAUAUUCGUAGUUCAUAUUUUGUCCAUAUCUGUCGCUGAAGUCACACACGCUUUGAACAAAAGGUGGUGAACAGCCUUAAUUUUUUGCAGACAGGAAAGUUAUAUAAAUCUAAAGAAAUAGAAAAGUAUAAAACACAAAUACUGAAUUGUCUUGAUUUAAUAGAAAAUAUCUGAUUAAAAAGAAAUGAUUUCUUAUAAACAGUAAAACUAGUAUAAGUGACGUAUUUGGAGCCUAUCGACUGAAGCAAUUAUAUAUAUUACAAUAAAUAUUAUAUAGUAAACUCUAGAUUUAAUUAAAUAUGGUCCACAUGCAGAAUAGCCUGAUAUAAACGCUUGGUUGGAAAGAGUAUAACAGGAAAUUAAACCUUAUUAUGACAAAGCUCACAAACUAUUCAAUAAUAUUGUAAACCAUCAGAACCAGACAACCAUUAAGGCAUAAUUAGUGUAUCAAUUAAAACAAAAUUGUUCAAAAUACAUAAUAUACAUACAACAAUAUAUAUAAAUGUGCAUGUGCGAAUGUAUGCGUAUUUGUGUAUAUGCAUAUAUGUAAUAUAUGCAAGGAUGACACGCAAUAAUAAUUGAAUUUAUAGCUUCAAGCGUAAUUUGAGAAACUGAAAAUCCUAUUUUAGAAAAACGACACCUACAUACUAUUUCUUGUAUAUUCAAGGAUUAAAAGUAAGGUUAAUUUAAACACAUAAGGAAAAUCAGCGUAAUGAUAUGCAUGCCCGUUUAUAGACUAGCAAACAUAUUGACUAAAAAUUACAGUACAUGAGAUUUACGGAAAAAUAUAUUUAAUAUAUAAUUUAUGCUACUUUUUUCAGUUUUGGCAUUUUUUUUGGACACCUUUCAACAUGAAUACUCCAAUGUCGAGUUUGGCAUCUUUCGUUACAGUAAAAAGCUACCUCACAUCCAAGACAUUUGAACAUUGAUCCACCUACACCACAAUUAGAACAUUUAAGAUUACUUAAUGUAUCGGGGCUUCUAUUUACUUUACCGAGAUGUGGCGUUUCACAGUCUCUUUCGAUGCUUCUAGAAACCUUUUUUGAUAUUUGCGGAAAAGAAACUGUUGAUAUAGAUGAAGUAAAUUCGGUAUAGAGUGAUAUCCAGCACUGUUCCAUUGUGGCUCUUUCAUUCCAACAUCAAUUGAUUGUCCUUGAUUAGACAAAAGAUGUUCUCGAGUAUGAUUAUUGGAAGUAUUCGAAGUUAGCCGAGUAGGAUCCACUUCCAUGACGGCAUUAAUGCCUGUACUUGCAGAUUUGCUAUAAGAAGGUAAAGAGGCACGUUGUCUUCCGAUAGAAGCUGCUGCAACUACUGCAGCAGCUGCAGCUGCAGCUACAACAUCCGGUAUUAUUCUGCUGCGUCCAUAUUGAUUAUUGCUAGCCGAAUAUCCGCUAAGAGAUGUACGUGGUAAAGUUUGUUGCGUCCCUGAUGACAGAGAUGAAGAUGCCAGCAAUAGCGAUGAGAGACAGUUUGCUUCGCUAUUAUGAUUGUUCGUAGAUGUUCUGAGUCGAUCGAAACCAAAAUCAUUUGGUGACUGAAAUCUAGCGGCGGGAAGUGAUCCGGAGUAUUUUAAAAUAUCAGAAGUAAAAUUCCUGUUUGGAUUUUGCAAAGAGGAUAAGUGCUUGUCAACAUGUGACAAUGGACGUAAAGGUGAAUUAAGAGGAUCUUGCAUAGGUAUAUGGUAACUUGUCAAAGGUGUUCCUGGAUGUAAACGGGAAUGAUAUGGAUAACCAUUGUAAACAGGAUAUAAUGCAGAAUGAUAACCAAACGUUGCUCCGCUGUACGGAUUAAUCUGUAAAAGAGAAUCCAAUGAAUUUUUUUACUAUUCUUUACUAUUCUUUUUUGUUAUUUAUCAUCACUUACAUUAUAAUUACUUGGAUAAAAUUGAGUUGUUGAGAGUGGCGUGCAAAUUCCUGAAUUCAGAGUCGUAGUAGAUGGAAGGGACAGAGGAGUUGUGCCAGUAGACACGUGUUGAAAUAAUUGCUGUUGCUGAUGUUGUUGAUGAUGUUGACGAUGCCAUCUCUCCUUAUUCCAUUGUGAAGUUAUAUUUAACACGUUGUUACCAUUGGCAGUAUUCGUUUCAUUCAGUGAUGCUUUGUGCGUAUCGAACUUUGAAGUCUGAUGAAAUAAAAUACAAAUAAAAGAGGAUACUAUUAUUUGAUAAAAAUUGAAUAUUCUAUUAAGUAAAAAUGGAACAUUCUUCAACUUACACGCGUUGGUUCUUCCAUUGAAAUGGUACUAAUAGUAUUUUCCACAGUAUGUAAUUUAGAUUUCUGCUUAGAAACUUGCUUCUUCGACAUUUUGGCCACCCAGUUACCAAGCGUAGGAAAUUGUUCAGUUAUGAUACGAUUAUCAUUACUACUUUGACCAGGAAAAUGUUGAUCUGUAAAAGGAUAUUCUACUUGGUUGAAAGUCGAAGCUAUCGAGUCAUAAUUGGUCUUCCUUGAUUGCGUCGUACUCGAUGGUACCUAAGAUUUUGAAUUAAUUAGAAUAGUUGAUCACAAUCGAAAUACUUAAACAUAAUUAUCUACAGCGUGUACCUUCUGUAUUUUUUUCGAGUCUUCCAUUUUACUAGUUUCUGAAGCAUUUUUCUUCAAAAGCGUAGAGUCAUAAUUCGAUCCUAAUUGCAAGAUAUUCAUCAUAUCGAUCGAAGAUGACAUUUGUGUUUUCGUUAUAGAUGGCGUUGGCAAAGUUGUAUCUAUUUGAUCACAUCUCACGGUGUGUGGUACCUCGGAGCCUCCAGUGAUGGAACUUAUUAUAGGAUUUUUUAUAUUAAUUUGAAUUGCUCUAUCGGCAUCGUGUAUGUCAUGUUUUCUUAUCUCUUUCAUUUCUUCAAUAAUCGAGUGAUUCGAUGAUACAACUUCUAUUGUCUUAGAAAAUUCUUUCAUGGUCUCCUUUUUCCCAUGCAUUAUUUUAAUUUUAUCUUUUUCUACAAUUUCUCCAAUAUUAUUGAAAAAUACUUCUCCAUUUUUAAUAUUUUCAACAUUUUCUGAAGAACGCGGGUCGAUAGAAGUUGACGAAAGAAUUGGAGAUGUCAAUCGAUUACCUGCGUUGGUAUUAUUAUUAGACUCCCAUUCAUGAUUUGUCGUUUCUUCACAAAAGGUAUCUGCCAUUGACGAAAUUUCUGCUGUAUUAUUCUCACACGUAAUCCAGGUUGAUUCGUUUGUCAAUUGUACAGUCUGCAAAGUAGAGAAUUAUUAUCCAAGUAUUUUAACAAUGUUCAAAAUUAUUCACGACAAACCUCUGCGUCAUGCUCAUCCAGUAUAUCCAGGUUCGAUGAAAUAUUUAAAGAAACUUUGGGCAAUACAGGUGGACUACUUCGAACGCUAUCCGGUGACUUAUUGUGAUAGUCUAUUGGCGAACGUGGUGACAGUUUCGGUGGUUCUGGUGAGGAAAUUGGAGAGAAGUUUCGAACGAAUUCGUCGUCCCAUUGAUGCUCUCUCUUAUUUUCAUCAAUAUCAACAAACUUAUUUGCUAGCGGAUUCUCGUUGUAUAAUUUAUUAAGUAACUUUGAAACAUUUUCUAUUUGCUUCUCGUAGCAGUUCAUCAUUUGUCUAAGUCUUGUAUUUCGUUGUGGACUAGAAUUCAUAAUGUUGGGCGCGUUCGCUAUUUCCUGAGAUAGAUUUAAGGCUUUGUCCUGUAAUUCCUUGAGCUUUCGUUUCAAUCUAUUGCGUCUAUAUUUCAAUUUAUAAUUGUCACUCUUGACAGAAGAUCGAUGGACGACAUCAUGAGUGGUCGAACUUGUCAAUGCAACGUCGAAGUUAUCAUCAUUAUCGAAAUUUUCUCUGGUCCAAUAUUCACAAAUUGUCGGAGUAGACUGUGACUCUGGACGAGGUGUAGCACCCGUGACUAUUCUAUAAUUGGUCUCCUUAUCUCCGUUUAAUGGUACUUCUGGAUUGCCACGAUUGCCAUCUUUUCCUAAAAACAAUAACGCUAAUGAAACAUAAUGGAAUAAUGGAAUAAUAAAAUAAAUUUUUAAUGAUUAAAUAAUUAGUUUUUGUUCUUUUUCAGUUACCUUCGUGAACGACUUUCUUUAAUCGAAGCGGUGGUACGAUCUUCUCUUUUCCAAAAUUAAUCUCUGUUGUUGAUCCCACGAUCGACAUUGUACACUUUUUAUCAUUACAGAGCUCUGUCUUUCCUUCUUUAUCAAUGUUAGCUGUAGAAUUUGUAAAUAAUUCGUUGAAUCCAACGUCUGAGUUAAUGUCAGAAGAUUUUCUUCUUUUCUUCAAAUCCUUCGUAAGAUCUUUUCCACGUUCCUUAGAUUUCUCAUCAGUGAUCUUCCGUUUAAGACGAUCUACGAUCUUGAUGGAACAAGAGUUACGAUUCGUUUGCAACACUGAGUUUGUUUUUUCUGAAGAAGUCUUUUGUUCUCGAUUUCGUUCGAGAAAAAAAGUAGCGCUCUUCUUUUCCUCCGGACAGCCGUUAGCUUCCAAAAUCGUUGAUUUGGCAGGUUCCACGUUGACCACGUCUAAAAUCGAAGCCCUCACGAGUUUCAAUACCGGAGAACGAGAUUUUCGAGAUUUUAGUAUAGGUACAGCUCGAGUUGGAACCGGUGGUGCUGGAUGUAUAGGAAGGCAAUGAUUCGGUUGAACCGGAAUCACAUAUGAUCCGCGAUCACGUAAUGCUGUAGCUAUAACAUUGUUGCUAUUAUUAUCACGAUGAAAUCUGCUCGAACUGUCAGCUAUCAUAUCGUAAUCUUCUGCAACAGAUGAAUUAAUAUUUCUUUCGUUAUUUAGUUACGUAAAUAGCAAGAAUUCCCUUAUGCUAUAUAAAAUAUAUAUAAAACUUUACGAAGAAGGUCAAUGAAUAAUUUUGGUUCAAUUUUUCUAUCGGUUCGAAAAUAGCAUUAAAUUAAAAUAAAAAUUUAAAAAUUCUGCAAAAAUAUUUAAAUGAAUGUUAAUUAUAUUAUUAUUAUUAUUAUUUAAUAUCUUACAGAAAAAUACUGUUUUUUUUUUGUAUUACAGCUAUUUCAUACCUGAACUACUUGCACUUGUUUCUCUUUCUUUCCGCGUUAGUUUAGCUUCAUCGUUAGUCAAAUCCACGACGAUCGGUUGCUCGUGUACAAUCUCUCCUCUCGAGCCUAAUCCAGUCGAAUAACAAGACGAUUUCGAGAAUUCACAAGAAUCACGAGGAAUUUUGGAAAAACAAGACUGUUUUUUUGAAAUGUUCUUUCUGUAUCUCCUCUCCGCGCCAGGCAUUCCAAAAAAUCCGCGCAUUUAGGCUCACCAAGUUUCGAUCGAAGAACGUCACUCGAUCUCGGUAAAAAGGAAAGUAUAGAAACUAAAUUUUGAUAGGAACUUUUUGAAUAGUUAAUAUCAAAAAGCGAAGAACGAUAACGGACGCGUCUCUCCUCUCUUUUUCUGUCGAUAGCCUGAUAAUAAAUGCACCAAUUCGAUCGAAAGUAGUAAUCGAAUAAGGUAUCACAUGCAAGCCUUCUUAGUCGAAUUGCAGGCAAUUUUGACGAAUUUCGAAAAAAAGAAGGGAACAGAAAAGGAAAUAAUUCAAAGAACUGAUUUCUCGCUCUUCAUCACGUGCCACAAAAUUUUUUAUAUUCUAUAUUUUCAUUAUAAAUCUUGUAUAAAUUUUUAUUAUAUUAUGACUAUAACAGACCCUAUCUAUAUGUUAAGAAUAAAAAAAAAAAGAAAGAAAACGAAAAUUGUUUUUCCUUGUUUAACAAUGAGAAUCAAAUAUUAGUGACAAAAUCCUGGUGCGUAUCCGAUGAUAAAGUAAAGAAUCUACUAAGACUUUUUUAACUCCCACUUUUUAACGCUCCGUAAUGCCAACCUGGCAUAUGGAACCCCUUUAUAUGCAACAGGCGAUUUUAAUUGGCCAACAGCAAACGCUCUAUCGUUGGCGCAGGCGGGAAUGGUGUCAACUGGAAGGGCAAUGCGUGCUGGAAGGGUUAUAACUUCCCUCUUCUUCAUCGAAUAAUCAAAUAAUCGAAUAAUUAAACAAUAAUUGAUAAAUGUUCGAUAAAUAUUUAAUCUUUUUUUACUCGAUUAAUAUAUCGAAUAAUGAUUACAUUGCAUCUAGUAAUUAGAUUCAUUGUAAAUUUUAAAGAAUACAGGAAAAAUAGUUUGCAUUCGUUUUCAGUUUAAAAACGCCAUUCGGUUAGCGAACGAAAAGUAAAAUGAUAAUCGUUUGAAAAUUUCUUAAAGUUUUCUAUCCUUAUCGAGGGCGAUUGGGGAGGAGUUGUAGGUGACCUACGCAAAGGGGGAAAUCGUCUUGUGAGGGACACUCCACUCUUGACUUAUUCAUUCGCACGAAACAACAUGAGCAAUCCGGAGAGUAGACUUGGAUGCAAAACGACACAUAGUACGAUCGUAUGCAUGUAAAUGUAUACACUUCGAUGUUGUCCAAGUAGAAAGUGGGAAACUGACAAGUGGUAUGAUAAAUUAUAAAGGAGAACUAUCCUCUCUUUCAAAGGGCUCGCCUCUGAUUAGAUCACUUGCCGAUAUUAUCCGAAGAAUGCACGAGGGAUAUUACACAGUCCAUGAUAUACCUACAUCGAUUCGAGAAUAAGUAUCGAGUUUUUUUUUCGAUGAUCCUAAAAAUAGACAUCGUUCUAUAUAUAUAUAUAUAUAUAUAUAUAUAUAUAUAUGCGUGCAGUAUCAACAAUAAAUAAGUCUUGCUAUUUCUCAUUAUAUUCUAUUACGUUUAAUUCCCAUUGCGAUUCCUUUUCUGCCUCUCCUCUUUUUUGCGUAUAUAUAAAGUGUAUGCGUCUAUACCGAAUACGUCACCUCGACUAGUUUUCUAAUAUUCAAGUUCUUUGUUCCUUAGAUAUUAAAUUAUGCAUUGGUUUGCCGACCAAUUGCACGUUUGUACUAACUUUCCACAUUUGUAAAAGUUUUCAAAAUGCAUGGAAAAUUUCGAUUUUAAAAGAGAAAUCGAAUUCUACUACAUCAUUUACAGCAAGUAAUACAUUUUAUAAAAUAAGUUGCAUAUUUCAAUAAUUAAGAUAACGACAAGUUAUAAGAGCAAAGUGAAAGUCAAUGAACUUGUAACAAUGACAAUCAUUUCUAUGUUUCUUCACUUUUAAUAUUUUUCUUAUUUUUUUCCGUAUUCUUGAUAGAGUGAUCAUUUAAAGUAAUUUUAGAUUUUACAUUUAGAAUGCAAUAAUAAAACGUGCAUUCUUACCACAUCAUUUUUACCAUACUGUGUAAGAUGCAUUUUAAAUAACAGCUAGACGCUUAUCGAUUGCCGCCUUCCCAUCGAGCUCGUACUGUCAUUAAUAAAUACCGAGCUAAGAGACGACAAACUACUUGUUUAUCCUUUCAUAGUCAAUAGAACGCAAUGAAAAAAAAAUAGUUCCUACUGUUAAUGUUACAAAUAUAUUGCUACAAUAAGAAGGUGUAAUUAUCAUUCGUUUUAUGUACUUCCAUUUGUAAGUUCGAGAAAAACUGGGAAAAUGAAAUAACAUUACAUAUCCUUUUUAAUAAUAUUUAUAUAUGCGUUUCUCGAAUCAAAAUACAAACUAAUAGAAAUUUAUCAAACCGUACGUUAAGUAUAACGGAUAAGAAUUUUAAAUGUACAAUGAUGUUUGAAAACUCUUCCAACUGCGAAUAGCUAGAUAUGUUCAGUUUAUCCAUGUAUAGCAUAAACGUAAUAACACUUUCUAUGAUGCUGUGUAAGGGUCACCGAAUUCGUUCAGUUAGAUGUCGAACAUGAAGCGUGAAACUUCGCUAUUCUAUUCGUCAUUAAAGUGUGAUUAAAAUACACGGCGUAUUUUAAUAUAUUCAAUAAUACGUAAUCUCCUAGUUUAUUCUUAAUCUUGUAUAUUUGAGAGAAUAAGAGGGAGGGGGAGAAAAAAAGAGAGACGAUAUAAAAAAUUCAAAUAUAAGAUAAAUGUUGUCCUUUUUAUAUUUACUCUUGCCGAUAUAAUAUUAUAUUGUUUCCUUUAGAAAAUAAUUUGUAAGGAACAAGGAGAAGAAUAAAAGGAAACUUCGAAGGAAUACGUAUUCUGAUAAUGUUCGUCUUUAUGAAGGAAUAUAAAAACAUCCUUUACAGUACGACAAAAAAUUUGCACGCAAUUUCGAACAACAUUAAUAUCCAUCAAUACAAGAGAUACAAUGUUAUCGCAUUAAAUAUGCAAUCGAAUGUUGUUUUGAAAAGUUUCUUUGUACCAACUUUCAGAUCCGCCCAUAGACUGCUAUUAAUUUUUUAUCGAAUACGGUACCGUCACGCCAUCGCAUAUUAGCCGACCUUACUCAUCGCUGGUCUAGAAGAAACAUUUCUUGCAACUCUUUUAUGUUUUUUCCAUUGAUCUUCGACUUAUCUAAAAUUCAAAUCUAUCAUCCAUGUAGAAGAUCGUAUGAUCUAAUAUUUUCUUUUCUCUACGACAAAGAACUUCGCUAAAAGAUGUACAAAUAGAUCGAUGAUUAUUAUCUUUCAAAUUUUUCCUACCGAAACAAUUGCUACCUUAUCGACCAGACGUGAAUCAUAUUACGAAUUAAUAAAUUCUACGCAAUAAUAUUAUCGUAAUCUUCAGAAGAUAAUUGUCAAGUUUUUGAAUUACUCACAAUGAUAACGAUUCAAGUAGGCUCCUUGUUGCGGGGCAGUAACCACAAAUAUAGUUCCUCCAUGGAUAAUUAUUAAAUAAAUCCUCUUAGGUUGUUGAAGCACGCGGUUUAUGCGAUAGGUACACGUGUUCCGCCUACCACAUAUCGAAAGAACACAAUGUCUCUAUGAAUCCACUCGAUCGUAGACGCUUAUCUUGCUCUCUCUCUAUCCCUUUCUUUCUUUCUAUCUCUCUUUUUUUUUCUCUUUCUUUGUUUCUCUCUCUCUCUUUCAUUUUUUCGUGUAAAAACAAAUAGAAAAGCGAGUGCAAAUCCAAAGAAAAAAACCAACGUAUUAUCUAAAAAUAUUAAAACGGCUGAACUUGGUAGUAAUACUUAGCAAACAAUGCAAUAGAAAUGGCGCGCGAAGAAUGAAUGUGACAAGUAUGAUCAACAGCGCCGCGUAAUGACGUCACGUAGUAGCGCCACCAGUAAUCGUUAUCGAUUAAGCUCAUUGGUCGAGGAGCUUACAUUUUUUAAUCUAAAUUUUCUUUUUUGAUUAACGCAAAGAUGUAUUUUUCUUACGUAUUAUGAAACAAUAAUGUUUUUUAUUUUUAACAAUUUUAUAUUAAGAAUAAAUAUUUUAUUUCCUAACAUUAAUAAUUUUUGAAUAUAUUAAAAUACAGUAAUACAUUACUUGUCGUUUGAAAAAUAUACAUGUUAUUUCAAUGAUAUGGUAACACCAUGUAUUUAUAUGUAGCUAUCGAACAAACGAACGUGAUAUUCUAUGAUGUAACUAUUUUUUAAUAGUAUUCCAUUUUGGAUAAUAGCAGCAAUUCGUGCCAGAUGCACAUAUGAAUUUGGAAUUAGUUGAAACAUUAUAUGAAUUAAAAAUUGAUGAAUCUCGUUGGCAUUAAAAAAAUUGAAUGAAAAUGCAUGUUUAAUGUGGGAGUGAAUUAUUCUUCAAAUGAUUAAUGCAUAGCGUGGUAAUUCAGAAGCAUUUUAAAUCAUGUCAAAAACUUUGAACAUCUUAAAUGCUACAGAUAUUCCUUUACGAAAACAAGCGUCCUCCUGCGGCAAAUUAAAAUAUCGUAACAAUGAAAAAUGUACAUCAGGUGUAAUCUCAGCAAAUUUAAAAUCUAAUAUAUUAGGAGAAUGGGGGACAGAGAAAACUCGAAUUGAAAAUGGAAAGCAAAAACAUCUUACUGUUUCUAUUGGAUCAAAAAAACCAAUUAUUAUUACAAGAAAAGAGUAUGAGGAGUUUAAAAAGCGUGGUCACUAUGUCACUAAAGAAGAGAAACAAGCAACUAUUGCAAUAACAGAAGAGGAAAGAUAUAGACUUACCAAGGACAGCAUGAUACGCAAAGAAGCUAUUCGUAGGAUGGACUUAACAAAAAUACGCGAAAAAGACAAAAUGUUAAAUGAAGUCGAAGAAGAAGCCAAGAAAAGGACAAUGCAUUUACUCGAAAGAGCUUACAAUUUAAAGCUCGAACAAGAAGAGGAAAUUCAAAAAUAUAAUCGGUUUAUCUUAGAAACUAAAUGUAGAGCUAUAAGAGAUAUGCAGAUAGCUGAAAAGAAAUUAAUCAAACAAGAAUUGGUAGAAGAAGAAAAACGUUUAAAUGACAUGAUGGAAAAUGAAAGAAGAUGGGCAAUUGAGGAAGAUUUAAAGAAAGAAGAAGAGGAAAUUUCUAGAAAACAAAUAUUCUCAAAAAUUUUAAAAGAUCAAAUUACAGAGAAUGAAGAGCAACGAAUACUUGAAUUUGAAAGAAAGCAAGAGGAGAGCCACCUAAUUAAUAUGAAUAAUAUAACUUGGCAGUUAGCAGAAAUAGAAAAGUUACAUCACAAGGAAGCUGAAAGUGCUAAAAUCCGUCGAGAUCUAGCAGAAGUAAAUGAACAAUUGAAGCAUUUUAAAGUUAUGGAACAAGAGGAGAAUAGAAUAAUAGAUUUAAGGAUAAAACAAUAUAAAAAAUAUAAAGAAGAAAGAGAAACUCAAUUAGAUGAAAAGCAAAGAUUGGAGAAUUUAUAUAAAGAACAGGAAAAAGAAAGACUGGCUGUACAGGCAAAGCAUACACAAGAUCUUCAAGCACAAAUUGAUGCAAUAAAUGCAGACCGUAUACAAGAAGAAGUAGAGAGAGAAUGGAGACGGAAAGAAAAAGAAGAAGCAAUGAAAAAAAUUGAAACUAUACAGGAUCUUCGAAAAGGAAGAGAAGAACAAAUAAAAAAUAAAAGAUUAAUACAAGCAAUUGAAAUUAAUAGAGAAAAACGUGAAUUUGAAAGAAUUCUACGUGUACAGAAAGAAGCAUUUUGCCGCGAUAAGAAGAACCGUGACAAGAAACAACAAGAAGCUCUUGUUCAUCGUAGUGAGAUAUUAAGACAGGUAAAUGAAAAGGAAAGAGAACGUAUUCAAGCAAGACAGAAGAUGUUUGAGGAAGGAUUGGCAAUUCGUACACAAGUUGCAAUGCGCAAGAAGAAGUUACAGGAGGCUAUGAACCAAAAAUGUAAAGAAAUGAGAGAGAGCAAGGUACCCGAAAUAUAUAUUAAUGAAGUUAAACGCCUAAUCGAAAAUAUUGAAUAAUACAUAUAUACAUCUUGUAAGAAUUCUUAUUUGAUAAUAAAUACUAUGUUUAUGUAUAUUUAACCCUUUGCACUCGGUGCCUUUUCGAACGUUAUUUAUCAGCAAUUCGACGCCACCUCGUCGCGAAAAAAUGCAUCCAGGAAUCGUCAUAUUACAGUAUAGUUUCGGAACCAAAUAAGAUAUUGUAAUGAUAUUUGGUUUAUAUGAAUUUGUAGACAAUAAAGAACAUAUAUUUGCAAAAAAAUCAAAAUUUAUUUUUUAUAAUUUUCUACAGUGUGACUACAUCAUUGAACCAUAAUCGCAUAUUUUUGUUCCACAAAUCCUUUUUAUCGCUCUUUUUAACAUGUGACUGACACGCGAGCUACUAUACCAUGCGCACUUCUAAGAUUGAAUACUCGAUGCAGGUGUGUAAACAUAAUGAGCCCAUUGUUUUUUAUCGUAGUAGAAGAUAAUCAUGUUUAGAAUGAAAGGCUUAAGAAUUUCCAUAGAGUUGAAAAUCUAUAUUGGAAAUCGUACUGGGCCCAUUGUUUCUUAUCGCAGUAGAAAAUUAUCACACUUAGAACGAAAUGUGUAUAUACGAAUAAACGUCGUGAACGCACUUCAUAUGUUCUCUUUAAAAUAAAACCGGCUGAUAUAUUUUUCAUAUAUUUUGGUAAUUGUAUCAAAUUCUGAUUUGCUUUCUUGUGCCAUUUUAAUAAAAAACUACAGGGAAACAUGUGUUUCUCAAAAAGUUGCGAUAAAAUAAGUUCAUUCUCCUAGUCACUAAUAAACUUUGAUGUCCCCUCAGAGGGGACAUAUCCGAGUGUAAAGGGUAAACAUUUUAUAUCUAUAUUAUAAUAAAAAGAUUUUUUGUUUCAUUAUCUAUACACAUUUAUAUUAUACAAAAUCUUAAUACUGUAUAUAUAUAAAUAUACUCAUAUAAUUUGUA